AUGGAUUGGGCCGGCGGACAGCUGGCCGACUCUCACUUCGACCGAGGCCGGUCGUAUAAUGACGGCUCUUACGACAAUCUUUCGCAUCUGGGAGGAUUGCGCCGUUCUCAAUCGCAGCCUCGACUGAGCACUGGAAUGCGUUCGGGAUUCCAUCUCUCUUCUUCAACUUCGAACCUCAGCAACUUGCGCCUGGAGGUCGCCGACAUGAGCAGCGACCUGCGUCUGGAAGCCUCUAAGAAAAUGCGGGAGUCGAGGACGAAGUCGCCGCCGCCGCGCCGUCAGCGGGCCAGCUCCCCGCGCAACCACGGCGGAUGGAAGCAUUCAGACGACAGCCACAAGGCUCACAAGGGUGGCUUCGACCUUGACGGAGACCAGGAUUCAUCGGCCACGACCGAGUCAGACAGCGAGAUAGAGAUGAGGGGGCGCUCGAGGCAGCCGAAGCCCCAGAACGCCGGCAAUUCGCCGCAGAGUGAGACGACGGAUAAUGAAGAGCGCACAACCUCCCCGGCGCCGGUGCCGAUGCGAAUCAUGCCUUUAACCCCAGAUCUUAAGGAGAGGGCUGAAGACGAUAUUGCCGUUCGCCCUCAGCCGUCGCGCCAUGUGGACUACCUUUCUCACAAUUGGCGUGAGGAGGAGCUGUGGAUGUCGUGGAAGUUCAUCGUGUCGAGAAGGGGUGACUACGCUAAUGCCGCUCGGCUGGAGAACGCCUCCUGGAGGACGUGGUGGAAGAACAAGAACAAUUUGAAGACGGUGAACCCGCUUGAGUUAAACUGGCUCAAGGAGGCCGAUGUGGGCUGGCUCUACGGCCCCCUGCAAACCGGUACGUUCAUGAACAGGAGGGAUCCGCAGGAAUCGAAGGAGCAGCAGUCAUCGACAAGCUCAGCCAGUGCCCGCGAGUCGCAGUCGGGCCCGUUCAUCACGAAGCCCAUCCUGAAGAAGCGGAGCAUGUCCGAAAUCAUUCUGCAGGAGUCUCUAUCGAACUCUACGUUAGUGGCUAAGGCUGCCGCCGCGGCCAAGGCCCAGGGGAGGAAGGGCAAGAAGAGGCCCGGACUUGGACGCUCUACUACUGACUAUGGCGCUUACCCCUUCUCGCCGAGUGAUAGCCACGAAGGCACCAGUCCGUUCCCGUCGGCGCAGACCUCGGGCAUCGCCUCGCCUGCAGGUGAGAAGAAGCACAUCCACUUCAAUGAGCAGGUCACACAGUGCAUCGCAGUCGAUAUCAAGGGCGACGACGAUGACGAUUACUACGAUUCGCGGUACUACGACUACGAUUCCGACGACGAGCGUGAGGGUGGUCUCUUGAUGAAGCGGCUCAACCCGAAGAAGCGCUGGCCGACUCCGAAACGCCGGUCUAGCCAUCGCCCGCCCAACGGCGAGAGCAAGACCAUCGCCAUGCUGCCCUCGACCACGCUCAAGGACGAGGAUGAUUCCGAGCCGUCGGCUACAGUGCAUCGUAGUCCGGUGUUGUCGCCCUCGUCUUCGCAGGAGACGCUCCGUCCGUCCAAGAAGUCAGGCAUCUUUUUCGCCAACAGCGACGAUGAAGACGAUGUUGAUUCCGUUGUCCUCAAGAAGAGCAGCUCGCGCUCCUCACUCAACCGUAUCCCCAGCUCGUCGUCCCUGGCCGAGAGCUCCGGCUCGGGCCUGCGUCGCAGCUCAUCUGCGCUUCGUCUUGACCGUGCUGCUGAGCCCCUGAACGGGGCUCGCGCUGGUCAUUUGGUCCGUUCGUCAUCUGCUGUCGGCCUGGCUGACGCCCGCGGUAUGGGCGACAUGGGCGGCGUGCGACGGUCGCAGUCGGGCAUCAUGCGGCCAUUGUACAACUUUGAGCGUGACUCAGACGAGGAGAACAGGAAUGAUGGCGGCGGCUUCUUCCAGCGCAUCACCAAUAUGGUAAAUACUGCCCGGGAUAUCCUCUACAUCAUUUGGAACGUCGGUUGGGGCGGCGGAAAUGAUGCCUACGAAGAAUACUAUGAGUAG